CUCCUUCCUUGGCGGUUCCGAAUGCAAACCACCGCAGCAACCCAACCCCAUUUCAAUAAAUACACUCCCCCUCCCCCAUUUCUCUCUUUCUCUCUCUUCAACAAAAUAAACGUAAAAUAAAAUAAAAAUUACCCAGAAAAAAGGCAGCUUCCUUGUUCACACUUCUCAGUAUAUACAGCCAAACAACUAAAGCUUUAAUAUUCGGAUGCAAAUUGCAAAAACAAAGAAAUCAUCUUUAUUUAAUUUGGGUGUUUUAUUUGGUUUUCUGGGUGAGCAGGUGAGCUAGUCUUAAAUAUCGACACUGCAAACUGUCAAAACAUAAAUAAUAAUAUUAUCAAACCACAAAUUAAACAGCUAUCACAAACCCCAGCAGUUAGGAUGAGUGUGAGUGUUUUUGUUGGGAUGAAAAGAGUGAGAUUCUUGUGAACUUUCACCUCUCAUUCAAUUAUUAUCCCCAAUUUAUUUAUACUUUUAUACUCACUUUAUUAAAAAAAUUAAUUAUCAAAAUCACUGCUAAAUAUCUAGCAACUUUUUGUUCGAUUGGAAGAUCUUUUUCUGGUUUAUUUGUGUAGAAUUAUUCUGGGUUUUCAUUCUGAGUACUGGAAAUGGCUUUAAAUGCUUCAAAGUUCAUCAAAUGUGUCACAGUUGGAGAUGGAGCUGUUGGCAAAACUUGUAUGUUGAUUUGCUACACUAGUAACAAAUUCCCCACUGAUUACAUCCCAACAGUUUUUGACAAUUUUAGCGCGAAUGUGGUUGUGGAAAGUAUCACUGUCAACUUAGGACUCUGGGACACUGCUGGACAAGAGGAUUACAACAGAUUAAGGCCACUAAGCUACCGAGGGGCUGAUGUCUUCGUCUUGGCUUUCUCAUUAGUCAGUCGUGCGAGCUACGAGAAUGUGCAAAAGAAGUGGGUCCCAGAACUUCAGCAUUAUGCUCCUGGAAUACCAGUAGUGUUGGUUGGUACCAAGUUAGAUCUUCGAGGUGACAAGCAUUACUUGGCUGAUCAUCCCGGAGUACUUCCAGUUAGCACAUUAGAGGGAGAGGAACUCCGUAAGCAGAUUGGUGCUUUAUACUACAUCGAGUGCAGCUCCAAGACUCAACAGAAUGUAAAAGCAGUAUUUGAUUCUGCAAUCAAAGUAGUCAUCAAGCCACCUCAGAAACAAAAGGAGAAGAAAAAGAAGCCAAGACGAGGCUUUACAAUGAAUCUCUGUUGCCAGAAGAGCUUCCCGUGUCUCAAAUGAAUUUGUUGCUUGACAAGUACGGCUUUGUCAUUCACCAACUGACGCAGAUAUUCUCACGUUCAGGCUACCAGCCAUCGCUGACAUCAUCACCACUUCCCACGUCACAGGACUUAUAUCAUACACUGUCAUUCGAUAUGUAGAUGCUGUCAAUAGUAGUCUUCUAGUCACUCAACAUGUUACUCAUCCCUGUAUAUGCAGUCUGUGAUAUUUAGUUCCUCUAAUCAAUUCGUUUUUGAUGAUCAUAGUUGUUUACUCGAGGAAGCGAUACUGAUUAGCCGAAAUUAAACGAAUGAUGUUCGAACAUUUCUUGCCUGUUUUCUAGUGAAAGAUUCUUUACAGUUCUUUAACACUACUGCAAUAAUAACUCAGUUUGUACUUAAUUACUGGAUUUCUGAUAUUAUGAAACAACACUUCCUGUGUAAGUGAUCUUCACCUUUUGUUUAGAUAAUACUCUUGAUUGUAUUAAUUAAUUUCGAUCUUUGAACGAA